UAAAUUUGCUCCAAAAAGUGAAAAUGAAGAAUUAUUUAAAUCUUGGAUUAAUCUUAUUUAUGGUCCAGAAGAUCAAGAUUCUAAUGAUUCAAGUAUUAGUAGUGAUAAUGAAGCUGAUAUACCAUCAGCAGGAAAUCAACGACAAUGGCAAUAUGCAUAUAAAUUAUCACUAUUAGAAUCUCAAUUAACUAAUUCAAAUAAUAAUGAAGAGAUAGAAAAAAAUUUAGUAAAUAUAAAUGAAGACCCUCAAGAUUCUUUAAGUACAGAAUUAUGGGAGUCAUUUUCAAUAUCUAAUCAAGCCACCACUGAAGAUGAAUUCACACGAUACAUGAAAGAGCAGAUAGCUCAUAAAAAUCAGAAUCCUUUAACAUGA